AUGAAUACAGCCUCAGAGCAGGCACGAGACUGUAACGCCGCCGGAAUGCGUUCCCCUGUGUCAGCGGCGACUUCCAUGCGUUCCACUGUGGAAUGCGGAAGCCGCUCGGGGUUACUCGUGAUGCGGCGGCUGCGUUCCACGCUGGAACGCGGAAUUCGUGCAAUACGAACCGCGGCUCCUCCCCUCGCCCAGGCACUAUUUAAGAGCGUCAGAGAGGCAACAUGGCGUUCCGAAAAAUGUGUACCUCCAAUGGUAUUUGCUAAUUGCUCAACUUCAAAUACUGGAGCAGAAUGUGCUAAAAGUUGUCAAACACUGGACAUGCAUUGUUAUUCAACUAGAUGUAUCUCAGGGUGUGUUUGUCCACCUGGGCUCGUGUCCAAUGAGAAAGGGGGAUGCAUCCCUGAAGAUCAGUGCCCAUGUUUCCACAACACAGCUGCAUAUAAAUCUGGAGAUCAAAUUCAACUGAGAUGCAAUACUUGUACUUGCAAUAAACGAAAGUGGGAAUGUUCAACCCGUACUUGUCCAGCAACAUGUCUUAUAUAUGGUAAUGGACAUUACAUCACAUUUGAUGGCAAACGAUAUAUCUUUAAUGGUGAAUGCCAAUAUACCCUGUCACAGGACCACUGCUCGCUGAGUAACAGCAACAGCACCUUCAAGAUCAUCACACAAAAUGUUCCCUGUGGUAACAUGGGUGCAACCUGCUCUAAAUCCAUCAAAGUAUUCCUAGAGGACUAUGAACUUAUCCUUGUUGAUGAUCAUCUUAACUUGGCACAUAGAGGUUCAGACUCUGAAGUUCCAUACCGAGUGCGAUUAAUGGGCAUCUACUUAGUCAUUGAGACCAAAAAAGGUUUGCUUCUUUUCUGGGACAAGAAGUCCAGCAUUUUUAUUAAGGUUACUAGUGAAUACAAAGGGAAGAUUUGUGGGUUAUGUGGAACCUAUGAUGGAAAUCGAAAUAAUGAUUUCACUUCCCGCAACAAUGCUGUUGUUGCAAAUACAGAAGAGUUUGGAAACAGUUGGAAGUUGUCCCCAACUUGUGCCGAUGCCAAAGUCUAUAGAGAUGCUUGCUCACUAAAUCCAUACCGAAAUGCAUGGGCACAUAGACAAUGCAGCAUCAUAAACAAUGAAAUCUUCUCUACUUGCCACCCACAUGUUGAUCCAUCAAGGUAUUAUCAAGCCUGUGUCUUGGACACAUGUGCUUGCAACACUGGAGGGGACUGUGAGUGUUUUUGCACAGCUGUUGCUGCCUAUGCCCAAGCAUGUGCAGAAUACAACUAUUGCGUUGCCUGGAGAAGUCCAACUAUAUGCCCUCUCUUUUGUGAUUACUACAACUCUUUGAAUGGCGAGGACUGUGUGUGGCAUUAUAGGCCUUGUGGUGCUCCCUGUAUGAAGACCUGUAGAAACCCAAAGGGGGAAUGUCAAUAUGAGAUACGCGGGUUGGAAGGUUGUUAUCCACAAUGCCCAAAGGACAAGCCAUAUUUUGAUGAGGAUGACAUGAAAUGUGUUGCAGUAUGUGGCUGUUAUGACAUGGACAGAAAACACUACCCAAUAGGGAGCAUUGUUCCUUGUAAGGACAACUGCUAUGUUUGGAACCGGCCUCCUCCGCAGCCCGAUGGCUCUUCGGUGACCCGGCUCCCUACGGCGUGCCGGUGCCCUGGCCCCCGCCCCUUCCUCAUCCAAUGUUGUCCUGGGCGCGCCCCGCCCCCCUCCUACUGCUCCACCUUUCCCCCUCCUGCUGCCCCGCCUCCUCUGCCUCUCCCGCCUCCUCCGUGCCACCGCCUCCUCUGCCUCCUAUCGCCUCUUUGCUGA